ACUGUGUGUGUGGAUGUACGACGAAAAAGGACGGAUUUUACUAACCAAACAUAGACCAUGGUCAUGGCUGAGAGAUCGAAGGGUCACGUUCGGGUGGGAUUUUAUGAUAUUGAAAGGACUAUCGGAAAGGGGAACUUUGCGGUGGUCAAACUGGGAAAGCACCGUAUAACUAAAUCAGAGGUCGCCAUCAAGAUUAUAGAUAAGACACAACUGGAUGAAAAUAAUUUACAGAAAAUUGACAGAGAAGUUCAAAUACUGAAGAUGCUAAGUCAUCCCAAUAUAAUAAAACUUCACCAGGUUAUGGAAACAAAGAACAUGUUAUACCUAGUGUCAGAAUAUGCUCCUAAUGGUGAAAUAUUUGAUUACAUAGCCAGACACGGACGCAUGACGGAACAAGAGGCACGCAAGAAGUUUUGGCAGAUUAUACUUGCCGUGGAAUACUGUCAUAACCAUCAUGUCGUCCACAGAGAUCUGAAGGCUGAAAAUCUGCUGUUAGAUGCCAAUAUGAAUAUAAAAAUAGCCGACUUUGGCUUUGGUAAUUACUUCAAGACGGGUGAACACCUGGCCACGUGGUGUGGGAGUCCUCCUUAUGCUGCUCCAGAGGUGUUUGAAGGAAAGAAAUACUUGGGUCCCCAGAUUGAUAUAUGGAGUCUGGGUGUAGUUCUGUACGUGUUAGUAUGUGGUGCACUACCAUUUGACGGCCAUAAUCUACAGAUGUUGCGGGAUCGUGUCUUGUCGGGCCGGUUCCGAAUUCCCUUCUUUAUGUCAACAGAAUGUGAAAAUCUCAUUCGCCGUAUGUUGGUGCUUGAUCCUUCCAAGCGCUUGACCAUUGGUCAGAUCAAGAAGCACAAAUGGAUGACCUCUGAUGGCGGCCCACCUAAGCUGCAGUCACCUCCUAGUCCAAUUAUUGGGUAUAAUGCGAAGAUUGGCGAGUUUAACGAGCAGAUUUUACGCCUAAUGCAUAGUCUUGGAAUUGACCAACACAAAACUAUGGAGGCAUUAAAGAGUGAUGCAUAUGAUCACUAUACUGCCAUAUAUUACCUCCUCUUGGAGCGCUUAAAACAGCACCGGAGCAGUUUCCCACCGGAAAAUCGAAUAGAUCCUCGAAAGCGCAGACCAAGUACCAUAGCGGAGCAGGCCAUGCUUCACCACACACAGACUAGUCAAUCAGAUCACAUGACUGGAUGCAUGCAACGUACACCACUAGUCAACGUCAAACAGGGCAUGUUUAGUCAUACAACAGACUGUACAAAUCCACCCAAUAUAAACUUCUUAAAUGAUAUUGAUAUUCCAACGCCCAGUGUUCCUGGAUGUUUACAGGAAAUUGUCUCCACAGGGGUUACGACAAAGACAGCUACUGCUACCCCGCGUUCCACACGCCUCAUAACAACGUCUAUAGAUGAGGGUGUAGAGGUAGACAUCAUGGACUCACCUGAUGAUAAUAGUGUGGCUAGUAAAGGCCAGUUUGUGCGCGACGGUUUUGGCAUGGGACUCAUACCGAGCUGUGCUUUUGGUGACUUGUCACAGUUGAACGCAAACGGUAAUAGUAGUAUAACCUCUAUUAGCACAGGAAUUGGCUCACCUUUUGCCAGUUUUGACUCUUCAAUGGAGCCUGAUUUUAUGUCUAGUCUUUCCGAAGGUUCCCAGCAGUCAACAGGAUCUGGGUCCCUAUCUGGUGGCCCUAAUUAUGUCACCGGUAAUCCUGAUCCUGCUGCCAUGGUCAUGAAUUCUGGUGCUAUUGGUGACUCGUAUCAGGAGAAUACUGGCUCUGUUGAGGUAUCAGGGUCCGAAGAGUACUCACAAGAUCGCAAUCAAACGCGUUCUCCUGUCAACUUCCGUGAGGGGCGGCGUGCUAGUGAUGGAUUAGUUGCACAAGGAAUAUUUGCAUUUAGACAACGACUUCAAAAUAGUAUGCGAGCUGAGGGCAUGAUUGAGCUGCGGGAGGAGCACCAGCAUCUGCAGCACAUGUAUAGUGGAAUGCCCAGCAAUGAGCAGGUGGUGGCUCUUCAGCAACAGCACUCGGAGUACCUGGAGAAAAACGGACGACAGUGGUCACUAGAGGACGGUCAACACGGCCAACCUCCCAGACCUUCAAGACCUUUGAUGAAAAGGAUGAGCUUGCCAUCAGAGACAUUCGAUCUGCAGCCUCACAGGCUCCUUGCAAUUAAACAAAGCAUGCAAGUUGAGCGAGAGCUUGAUCGUGUCACCAGUAGUGAGGAAUUGACCCAGCAAGGGGUAGCACCUCCAUUCUCUCAGCAAUACGACUACUCGAUGCAGAACAAACCGUUGCAGCAGCAAUUCUUACAGCAUCGACUGCAGCAGAAAAGGCAGACACUGCAGAAGCAGACUCCGCUUCAACAUCAGUUCCAACAGAUGCAUAUUGUCCCAGGUGACCAAGCCUCAUUAUCAUCAGCCAAUCAAAUUCCUUACAUUUGUAAACAGAGACAUGCUAAUAAACAUGAUGAGUUGAAUCAUCUUAGUCGACCGCCAGUGAUUAGAAAGAUCUCUUACAAGCUGGCACAACAGCAGCCGGUCAUGCCUCCUAUGUCUGAUGGGGGUGACGCACCGUGGCAACAAAAUAUGCUGCCACCUACGCAAGAGAAUGACGGCCAGGAAGAAAGUGUGCAGGAGCGUGUCCCAAUGCAGAAUGUGUCUGUUGUCAUUCAGCAACUUCAGCAACAACAGCAGAGGACGGUGAGUGUACCGCCUCUGUACACGACACAGCUUCAACAACAGCAGCAGAAUCAACAACAGAAUCAACAGAUGCUGGACUACCAGCAAAAUCAGCAACAACAACAACUACAACAACAACAGAAUCAACAAAUUGAACAACAGCAGCAGUCCGUGUCACAUCACUCACCAAGCCGCAAAAAUGCAUUCAUACCCCAGGGAGGGGAACUAGCACUCCUUCAACAACAAUAUGCAUUGGAAAAACAACUACAGCAACAACAACAACAACAACAGCAACAACAGCAGCAGCAACAGCUGCCUAGCUUCACCUUUACAGGGGUGCCAUUGAAUGAUGAAGUUUUGGUUGCAGACAUUAAUAAUUCUCAUAUUUCACUCAGCAUCGAUUCAAGUCAGCUGUCCCUUACACAGUUGCCCUCCACCUCUCCCCACUCCUCUACUGAGUCACUGAAACAGGGCUCAUGGGACUCACAGCAUCAUAACGGAGUUAUCUCCCCUCCUAGUCACACAACACAGGACACAGGUGUGGUCGUGUCGCCAUAUUAUAUGACCCCGCCUAUGGUGACCGCCAUCGAUGAACAAAUGGAUGUGUCGUAGCCAUUGUGGUGUAUUGUAUGAAUGUGUGUGCGGUCAUGUGUACGGCAUGAUAUAUGUGUACAUAUGUUUUCACACCGCUAUGCGUGCAUGUAAUAUGUAAGUUUGCGUUUCAAUGUAUGUAUGUUUAACAUGUAAGGAUAUGGAUGUAUGUGUAAGUUAUUAGUGUACACACGUGUACUCAUUGUACAAGUAUAGCGUGUGCAGGGUCUGGAUCUUUAAUCUUCAAAUUACUGAAAAUCAUGAUAAGGAGUUUUUAAUACUUAAUUAUAAAUAGGCAUCAAAUGCCUUGUUAUUGCAGUCAACUACAUUUAGUAUCCAUUAUAUAAAAAAGGAUUGGUGCAAUUACUGUUUUACAACAGGAAGUCCUGUUCUGUUGGGGAACAGAGUGAUUUUAUUGUCAUGGCUACUUUGUAGAAAACUGAUCCAGACAAUAAGAGUAAGUGUGUAAGUUAUGAGUGUCUUGUUGUAACCCUACAGAGUAGAGACCCCGGGAUCAAGUUGUUCUAGUGUUAUGGUCGUUGAGUUCUUCUUUCUAUAAGCCUUUUGACUUUAAAAAGGAAUUUACAAGGGGUAUAUCUAAAUCAUUUUUAGGUUAAAUUUGUCAUUUUCAAGUUAAAUGUCAUUGUCCUAAAUUUUGUGUGUACAUCAUACUUUAUAUCUUUCCCUCUUCAUUAUAAAGACUCUUGAUAUUUUCAAUUGAAAAAAAUUAUACUAUGCCAUC